CCAGGGGCCUGUUGCACAAAAGUAGAAUUAAGACAUCCGGGAUAAAUGACUCAGCUGAGCUCAAUGAAGCCAAAACAUGUGCGUCCAGGCUUAAUUGGUUGCACAAAGACCAAGCCAGGAUGAGCAGACACGGAUUCAUUAAACCAGGUGAAACCAAUCCUGGAUAGGUGCGCGCUCACGGCUCACUCAAAUAGACCCCGCCACAGAUCACAGAUUAACUGAUUUACCAUGGCAACUAGAGCCGCGUACUUUUCCCCGUCGGAAGCACAAAUCCUCAUGGAGGCAUACGAGGAGGUAAAAGAUAUAAUUAAGAAGAAAGGCAACACCGCCACAGUGAUAAAGCAAAGAGAAAAAGCGUGGCAAAGUAUUGCAGACCGCCUGAAUGCAUUAAACAUGAACGGGCCAAAACGGACAUGGCAGCAGGUCAAAAUCAAAUACAAGAACAUUCUGCAGAAUGCAGUGAAAAAGAAUACCCACAGACAAGGCACGGGUGGUGGGUCACCAAAGGCUGACCUUACCCCAGCAGACGACAUGGCCUUGGAGCUAAAUAAAGGCAGGCCCGUCUUAGAGGGGAUCCCUGGGGGGAAAGAGACGAGCAUAGGUUCCUCCCAAGAUGCCACCCGCUUCAUUCAAGUGCCUGGCAGCACUGUGUUCCUGUUAGAGCCACCAGCACAAGCACCAGACGAUGCUGAUCCAGGUGAAGGCCCCAGUGCAGCAGCAACAGCACAUGAUGGAGACGAUGAUGAGGAGGAGACCAUCUCUCUGGAUUCCAGAAGGCAUGAGGACCCAGAUGCUAUACAGUGGGAAAACCAGCCUGGCAACAUAAGCUCACAAGCUAUCAGAAAGUUGUAUGGCAACCACCUCCGGCGCCAAAUAGAACUGGCAGACAUAGACAUUCAGUACAAGAAGAAAAAGAUGGAAAAUCUUGCACUGGAGUCCGAAAUAAAAAAGAGGACAAUUAGGAAACUGGACCUUGAAAUAAAAAAACUUGAGAGGGAGCUCCAAGAAGAUGACACAGCUCAAAAUAAAAAUUAGCAAUCAGUACAACCAAGUCAUCGUUAUAAGGCAUCGCCCUCUUUGCCCACCCCC